CGGUCACAUCCCGGGAUCGCACCGCAGUGAUCGACAAACGCGCUGUCCAUCACCAACACGAAAGACGUGUCUGGGUGACUUUAAAACCCCCACGGAGCCCUUCACUUGAGCCUUUCACUUUCAACAUCUGCUCCAACUCCCAGCAGCAUCCCACGAUAGCCUAAGCUCAACGUCCUCGCUCUCAAAUCCUACGUCGCAAAGACCCAUCGUCCGUUACACAAACCCACCGAUCCGAUCGCACGACCGCACCCCGUUCACCGAUCGGCUAGCGACAACAUCCCCAGCACCAAACCGCAACACCCACAGACAAAAUGCCAACAAUCAAAGCCGGCGGUCGCGUGUUUCACGUCACGGACGUCGAUCGCGAACAAUGCACACGGAUCGUGCCUAUGCGGGUGCUUUCAUUGGGGCUAACGAGGACGGGAUCGGAGUCGAUGAUGGAUGCGCUUCGCAUUCUCGGCUACUACGAAGCGUACCACGGGUACCAGGCCAUGAUCUCGAACCCGCGCGACUGCGAGAUGUGGCGGAAGGCUUUGCGGGCGAAGUAUGAGGGGGUGGGGAAGCGGUUUGGGCGGGCGGAGUGGGAUCGGCUGCUUGGGCAUUGUCAGGCUGUUUCGGACCUCCCGGCUCUUUGCUUCGCAGAAGAUCUGAUCGAGGCAUACCCUGAAGCGAAAGUCAUAGUCACAGUCCGCGAUGUGGACGAGUGGUAUGAAUCAAUGAUGGCUCUCGUCGCCGCGAUCGACACCCCGGUCAACAAGUACCUAUUCGUACCCAUCCUCACCGCCAUCAACACGAUCUUCCGUUCGCGCUACCGCAUCGUGCCCGAGACAUUCGAGAAAGCGGGCUUGUAUUUCUUCGGAACGAAUAUCCGCAACGACGCCCGCGAUACCUAUCGGAAUCACGUGGCGAGGAUCCAGGAGCUGGUGCCCAAGGAGAGACUGUUGCUCUAUCAUGUGAAGGAGGGGUGGGAGCCGCUGUGCGAGUUCCUGGGGCAGCCGGUGCCCGAUGUCCCUGUGCCGAGGGGGAAUACCAGGGCGGAUAUGCUGGCCCGGCAUCAGGCGUGUAUGAAGCUGAAUCUGCGGGAGUGUGCGUGGAAGGUGGUGCAGGGGGUUGUUUGCUUGGGAGCGGUAGGGUUCGUGGUGGUGAUGGUCGAGAAUGGGGGGUUGCGAUUGAGUUGGAGGGGGUUUUGGGAUGCUAACUGGUGUAGGUCUGUUUUUGCAUAG